AAAUGCAGCCAAAAAAACUUGUCAAAUAAUAUACGCAAAUUUUUGGUCUAAUCUACUUUUGUUAUGGAUAACUAACUCUAUCCAUCCAUCCAUACGCACCAAUCCACUCACACACAGCCACCAAUUGAAUGCCAAUUUUACCUUUUUCGAAACUAUUAUAAUCAUAAUGAAAACAAAUCCUAGUGCUCUAAAAUAAAUCAUUACUACAAAAUUUCAAAAAAAAAAAAAAAUUACUACAAAAUUUCAAAGACGAAAGCAGAUUAAUUUACGGUGUGUUGCCAGCUAGAAGAAAAAAAUCCCACUGGUAGCCAUUAUUUAUGGCAAUGCAGAGAAACAUUGACAAAACCUCAUUAUUAGUUGUAACUAACCACAAUUGCUCAAUGAAACUGGAGCAGGAUUCAGACAAGUCGCUUAAUUCUUGUCCAAGACUACCUCUUUCAUUUACUGUCGUCAUUUUUGAGUCCAUAAAUAUAUCUUUCUUUUUUUUAUCUUCAGUUAUCCGCUGGUCAGCUAGUCAGACCCACCACCUGUUUGUUGAAAUGCAAUCCUCUUGGAGGAUAACUGACCACUCGAAUAUUGGUGGCUCCUGUAGCUCCGUACUCCACAGAUUGUGUUGCAAAAUUCUAUUUAUCAGAACUUUGUUUGCAAGCAUGUUUUUGCUUUUUUUCUCAUUUUCUGUGAGGAUAAUGCUAUUGAUACCAAAAUGUACACGCCUGUAAGAAAAAAAGGUCAUGUCUUUUAUCGUUUGAUAUCCUAGGAAAGAAGAAACCAUCUUCAUCGGAAUUUGGAUAAAUCUAGGUUUCUGUUGUUUGUAUGGAUUCUUGGACUGAAGCAUGAGAUAUGGGGUUGAAGGGAUAUGAGGGAAAGCCUUCUUGGGGCACUCUUUUUGUUAGUAUAUGAGUGGAAAACACAGUAUUUUCCAUCAACAAUACCUACAUGAUUGUCAGGUUAGGCUUUGUGGUUGCUGCUUCUAUUGCAGCAUAUGCAGUUAAGCAGGUUAGUGUCAAGAACUCGAAGCCGCCGGAGAAUUCAAAGAAGCGCCAAGUAGAAAAUGAUGAAGCACCACUUGAGAAGUCUUGGAAUGAAGGGGAACAGGACAAGGAGCAUGUUGUGUAUUCGGACAGUGAUUUCAAGGAGGAGGAAGAGGAAGAGGAAGAGGAUAAAGAAGAGGUGAAGUUGAUCAACAGCAUCAUAAAUCCUGCUCUAAGCAGCCCUCCUGAUUUCGAAGAUGAGUUCUUGCCCGAAUUCGAAAGCCUUUUGUCUGGAGAGAUUGAUUUCCCCUUGCCUACUGACAAGUACGACACGGCCGUGAAUAUCAAGGCAGAGAAGGACAGGGUUUACGAGAGUGAGAUGGCUAACAAUGCAAGCGAACUGGAGAGACUGCGUGAUCUGGUGAAAGAGUUGGAAGAGAGGGAGGUGAAGCUUGAAGGGGAGCUGCUUGAGUAUUACGGACUCAAGGAGCAAGAGUCGAGUAUCGCUGAGUUGCAGAAGCAGCUCAAGAUCAAGACAGUGGAGAUUGAUAUGCUCAACAUAACCAUAAACUCUUUGCAGGCUGAGAGGAAGAAACUCCAAGAGGAGCUGUCUCAGGGAGUUGCUGCUAGGAAAGAGCUUGAGACGGCGAGGAAGAAGAUAAAGGAACUGCAGAAGCAGAUUCAGCUUGAAGCCAACCAGACAAAAGGCCAGCUCUUGCUGCUGAAGCAACAAGUUAGCGGGCUUCAAACCAAGGAGCAGGAAAUUGCAGAAGUCGACAAGAAGCUUAAAGCCGUCAAGGAGUUGGAGGUCGAGGUGAUGGAGCUUAAGAGGAAGAACAAAGAGCUUCAGCAUGAAAAGAGGGAACUAAUAGUUAAACUGGAUUCUGCUGAAUCCAAAGUUAGAACCCUUUCCAACAUUACUGAGACAGAAAUGGUGGCCAAAGUAAGAGAAGAGGUCAAUGAGCUGAAGCAUACAAACGAGGACCUCGUUAAGCAAGUGGAAGGGCUUCAAAUGAACAGAUUCAGUGAAGUUGAAGAGCUGGUGUAUCUUCGUUGGGUGAAUGCGUGCCUAAGGUUUGAGCUCCGCAACUACCAAACGCCCUCCGGGAAAGUAUCAGCACGUGACCUUAGUAAAAGUUUGAGCCCGAGAUCCCAAGAGAAGGCUAAACAGCUCAUGUUGGAGUAUGCAGGAUCAGAGCGUGGAGGAGGGGACACGGAUAUGGAGAGCAACUUCGACAAUACCUCUGUUGACAGCGAGGAUUUUGAUAAUAUGUCUGUUGAUAGUUCCACAAGCAGAUUCAGCAGUCUUAGCAAGAAGCCUGGUUUGAUCCAGAAGCUCAAGAGGUGGGGAAAGAGUAAAGACGACUCAAGUGCUCUCUCUUCUCCUGCUCGAUCUUUUGCAGGUGGAUCACCGAGCAGGAGCCUCAAACCUAGGGGGCCCCUCGAAGCUCUGAUGCUAAGAAAUGCAGGAGAUGGCAUUGCCAUCACUAGUUUUGGAACUGGAGAGAAUGAUGAGUUUAAUUCCCCUGAAACUCCAAAACUGCCUCCUAGUGAUUCACUCAACAAUGUAGCAUCAUCUUUCCAUUUGAUGUCUAAAUCAGUUGAGGGCGUUCUAGACGAGAAGUAUCCUGCAUACAAGGACCGGCAUAAGCUUGCGUUGGAGAGAGAGAAACAUAUCAAGGAGAAAGCUCAGCAAGCAAGGGCAGUGAAAUUUGGUGACCCUUUGAGGGUGGAUACCAAAUCUGUUUCUCUGCCCCCAAAACUUGCUCUUAUAAAAGAGAAACCUAUCAUCUCUGCAAGUUCAAAUGACCAGUCCAAUGAGAACAAAACUGAUUCUCCGAUAGUUAGCAAAAUGCACCUUGUAGAGAUUGAAAAGCGCCCUCCAAGGACUCCCCGACCACCCCCUAAAGCAUCAGGAGGUGCCUCCGGUGACUCUAACACUAAUGCUCCAAGUCGGGUGCCAGGAGGUCCGCCUCCACCACCUCCCCCUCCAGGUGCACCUCCGCCCCCGCCCCCACCCGGUGGGCCUCCUCGUCCUCCGCCUCCACCAGGAAGUCUCCCCCCCAGAGGGGGUGCAGGUGGUGAUAAAGUUCACCGGGCUCCUGAACUAGUCGAGUUUUACCAGUCAUUGAUGAAACGCGAGGCAAAGAAUACGUCCUCGUUGAUCUCUACAUCAUCAAACACCUCAGAAGCAAGAAGCAACAUGAUUGGGGAGAUUGAGAACAGAUCAUCCUUCCUGCUAGCUGUUAAAGCUGAUGUGGAAACCCAAGGUGAAUUCGUUCAGUCUUUGGCUUCUGAAGUCAGAGCAGCUUCUUUUACAAACAUAGAUGAUUUGCUGGCAUUCGUGAACUGGCUAGACGAGGAGCUCUCCUUCUUGGUCGAUGAACGCGCUGUCCUCAAGCACUUCGACUGGCCAGAGGGGAAAGCAGACGCGUUAAGAGAGGCAGCAUUCGAGUAUCAGGACCUCAAGAAACUGGAGAGGCUAGUUACAUCAUUCACCGAUGAUGAGAAUCUUCCUUGUGAUGCUGCUUUGAAGAAGAUGUAUAAGUUGCUCGAGAAAGUGGAGAAUAGUGUAUAUGCCUUGCUACGAACACGAGACAUGGCCGUUUCACGAUACAAAGAAUUUGGCAUUCCGGUGGACUGGCUUCUUGAUUCUGGCGUAGUAGGCAAGAUCAAGCUUUCAUCAGUUCAACUAGCACGAAAAUACAUGAAGCGCGUUGCAACAGAACUCGAUGCAAUGAAUGAACCGGAGAAGGAGCCUAACAAGGAAUUCUUGCUCCUACAAGGUGUCCGGUUUGCUUUCAGAGUGCAUCAGUUUGCGGGAGGGUUCGAUGCAGAGAGCAUGAAGGCUUUUGAAGAGCUCAGAAGCCGCGCCAAUACUACUAAAGCAGAGAAUAAACAAGAAAAUGAAUGAGGAAUUCUGAAUUUAUUUUUAUUUAAUAUAUAUAUAUUUUUUAAAGAUGCUCUUUUUGCAUGUCCAGAUUAUAGUUGUACAUUUUAUCAUAUGUAAGAACACAAAUUUGUACUUAGAUCAGAUAUUAAAAUAAUAUUAUUCCCUCUGUCCUA